CCAGAAGCCCUCCGUGGAAUAGUUCUUGUCGCUCCUUGAUUUCAUUUAACAUUAAUUUUUUUUUCUUUGCAGCUGCCGAAUCUGUUUCCUUCAACUUGCCUGGAUCACAUUGUUGCAAUUGACGCCUUGCUGGCGCCGCUUGCCCCCGGAAAUCGAACCAUUGCCUUGAAAGUACAGCAAAGGGUAUUUGUUUGCAGCCGCUCAACAUGGGAAACAGACCUACGAUACGCCUCAUCCUGGUGGGCGCGAUAUUCGUGACGUUCAUGAUUUUCAUGCUCUUCUGGCUGCCACAGGGUCCACCCAGCCCGGCGACGCGGGCGCCCGGUCACUUGGAGAAGUCGACACCGAAUGUUGUAGUCAAGGACGAAAUGCUCAAGGGGGAAGUGGUCAUGCCGAAAUUGGGGAACGAGACUGCCAAGGCGGAGCUGGGUCGGGCGACUUGGAAAUACUUCCAUACCAUGAUGGCUCGGUAUCCAGAAGAUCCAACCGAGGAACAGCAGGAGACCUUACGCUCCUUCGUCUACUUGUUCUCCCGCCUCUACCCCUGCGGCGAAUGCGCCUCUCACUUCCAGCAGCACUUGAAGAAAUACCCUCCGCAGGUCUCCUCUCGGAACGCAGCCGCCGGCUGGGCAUGCUUUAUCCACAAUGAGGUGAACACGAUGCUGGACAAACCUCAAUUCGAUUGCACCAAGAUCGGCGACUUCUACGACUGUGGCUGCGCGGACGACGACGAAGUGGAGGAGAAAGGUGCGAAGACGACGGGUGAGAAAUCGCAUGCAGAACAAGCAACGACGAAGGCCAAGACCACAGGACAUGACAAGGAUGUGGAUUGGGAUGCCAUGAACGCGGUGGCAAUCUCCAAGGAACCGCCGAUGCGGGGUGGAUAAGGAACCACACCAGUUCACCAUUUUCGAGGCGUUCCACAUUGGGACUUUCUUUACUUUUUUCUUAUCCAAAUUCCGUCACCCUCUCGAUUCUCUCUGGUUUCUUUCCGAUACAGGUUCGUUCGAUACGGGUAUCGGGCUGGCCUCGAACACAC